CUGUAUCUAUAUAGUGGUACGAAGGUCAUCGUUAAGAAAACAAAACCGUUCGAGCAAUAAUCGACAACAGUACACAAUCAAUCAAAUAAUGGCUUCGGUAGGCACUGAAGAAUACGAGAAGGGGGUGUCGGCAGCGGCGGCGGCGCCACCGCCGGAGCGGAAAGAGCCGCUGAAGACGGCGGAGGUGGUGCUGAGGUUUCUAGUAUUCGCGUCGUCUCUGGUGGCGGUUUUGGUUAUGGUCACCGGAAACCAGACGGAGGUCGUCGCCAGAAUUCCGAUCCCGCCUUUCACCGUUUCCAGAACUGCCAAAUUCAAACACUCCCCAGCUUUCAUAUACUUUGUCGCAGCACAUUCCGUGGCAGGAUUUUUUGGCAUCGUAUCGACACUUCUAUCGUUCUACGGUUUGAAAAAGCCCGCCUUCUCUCAGAAGGCAUCUUCCCAUUUCGUCAUCAUUGAUGUGCUGCUGCUGGGGAUUGUGGCGUCGGCGACGGGAGCUGGAAGUGCCGUCGCUUACGUGGGGCUGAAGGGAAAUUCGCACGUGCAAUGGGGAAAGAUUUGCGGGUUGUACGACAGCUUCUGCCGCCACAUUGGAGCUUCGAUGGCGGUCUCGUUGUUUGGUUCUGUCGUGCUCACGCUUCUCGUCUUGCUCUCGCUUUAUUCUUUGUCGAAGAAAAUUCCCAAGUAAUUGGUGAUUGAUGGAUUUUGUUUUGUUUGAAGAAUUAUUUGAUGUUGUUUUUGGGUGUGUAAAUUUGAAUGUAGAUUUGGGAUUGGUUUUUUCUUGUCUAGUUUGGUGAACUGUAGAAGCAAUUUAUUGUAAUGUAAUGUUAAUGUAUUCAUUCUUAUAUGUUUUGUGGUAAUUAGUCAAGCCUUUCUAUUUAUUGAUUGAAUUUUGGGUUUAUCUUUCCAAACAAA